GCAGCCGUCGCGGCGCGCAUUUCGGCUCCGAGGAAGUUGAUCCAGGCGGCUGCGGCAGGAUCCCCGGGUCCGCCUCGCACGAAUCCCGGCGCAGCCGUCUCCUCCUCGCACACCCCCUGCCGCCUCCUGCGUGCUCUACUUUCCGUCUCCGCUAUUGUUACAGAUUGUUCUCUGCUGGCAAUCCUUCCUCCGAAACUUACGGAGAAAGUGUUGGAUUUCCCCUUGUUCGAACAGAGGAAUUGCAGACCACCUCUGGGUAGCCGGAUCUAACCGACCCCCUGUCUCCUUCUGGUACCAAAGUGCUUACUCCACUCCGAAGUGCCAUGUCUGAACUGUUAACGGGAAGAAGGGUCUCCUGAGGCGUGCCCACACCUUUGCACCUGCCUUGCGCUUCCCCUUUCUCGGCCACCUUUCCCGGCCGAAGCAGCACCGAGAAAGCCCCCUUCGGAUGUCCUCCGUGGAAACUGGUUCUCCGAGGCUGGAGCUCUGAGGCUGGAUUUGGGGGAGGAAUACUAGACUUGGAGGCGUCUGCGCGCUUUUCUCCUCCCCGCGCCUCUCGGUCGCGGCUAGUUCACCGCGCCGUCCCUGUGCUCGCUCUCUCGCCCCACCCACUUCCUGUGCUCGCCCGGGGGGCGUGUGCCGAGCCGCUGCCGGAGUCCUGGGAAGUUGUGGCUGUCGAGGAUGGGGGUCUGUGGGUACCUGUUCCUGCCCUGGAAGUGCCUCGUGGUCGUGUCUCUCAGGCUGCUGUUCCUUGUACCCACAGGAGUGCCCGUGCGCAGCGGAGAUGCCACCUUCCCCAAAGCUAUGGACAACGUGACGGUCCGGCAGGGGGAGAGCGCCACCCUCAGGUGCACGAUUGACAACCGGGUCACUCGGGUGGCCUGGCUAAACCGCAGCACCAUCCUCUAUGCUGGGAAUGACAAGUGGUGUCUGGACCCACGUGUGGUCCUUCUGAGCAACACGCAAACCCAGUAUAGCAUCGAGAUCCAGAAUGUGGAUGUGUAUGACGAGGGCCCGUACACCUGCUCUGUGCAGACGGACAACCACCCAAAGACCUCGCGGGUCCACCUCAUUGUGCAAGUGUCUCCCAAAAUUGUAGAAAUUUCUUCAGAUAUCUCCAUUAAUGAAGGGAACAAUAUCAGCCUCACCUGCAUAGCAACAGGUAGACCAGAACCUACAGUUACCUGGAGGCACAUCUCCCCCAAAGCUGUGGGCUUUGUGAGUGAAGAUGAAUAUUUGGAAAUCCAGGGCAUCACGCGGGAGCAAUCGGGGGACUAUGAGUGCAGCGCCUCCAACGAUGUGGCUGCACCAGUGGUACGGAGAGUAAAGGUCACCGUGAACUAUCCGCCAUACAUUUCAGAAGCUAAGGGUACAGGUGUUCCCGUAGGACAAAAGGGGACACUGCAGUGUGAAGCCUCAGCAGUUCCCUCGGCAGAAUUCCAAUGGUACAAGGAUGACAAAAGACUGAUUGAAGGAAAGAAGGGGGUCAAAGUGGAAAACAGACCUUUCCUCUCAAAACUCAUCUUCUUCAAUGUCUCUGAACAUGACUAUGGGAACUACACUUGUGUGGCCUCCAACAAGCUGGGUCACACCAAUGCCAGCAUCACACUAUUUGAACUAAAUGAGCCUACAAGCUCAACUUUGUUGCAAGAGGUGAAAACUACAGCUCUGACCCCUUGGAAAGGCCCGGGCGCAGUCAGCGAGGUGAACAACGGGACGUCGAGGAGGGCAGGCUGCAUUUGGCUGCUACCUCUUCUGGUCUUGCACCAACUCCUCAAGUUUUGAUGUGAGUGCCACUUUCCCACUGGGGAAAUGCUGCCACCACUGCAACCACCAACACAACAGCAAAGCAACUCCGACAGCAGCAAGCGCAAACCCGUUUCUAAAUACGAUACCAUCAAACAACAUUCAGAGAAACAGAGUCCAAUGGGACACAAAUUCGAGGGAGGGGACAAAGAAUACUUUGGGAAAACAAGUUUUAAAAGGAAAUUGAAAGUCACCUUGCAGGCCUUGCAGAUAUGUAGGUACAGCUGAGUUUUCUUUCUUUUCCUAAACGGGAAGAACACACACCUGGCUUUGGACUCACCUGCAAGCUGCAUUGCAUGACCUCUUUGUUACACGGGGGCGAGGGCUCAGCCAUUCUGCCCACUAACAUGCCCCCACCAAGGAAAAUUCUGCAGUCGGCCAUCCCAAAUUCAAUCAGUCGAUAGAGAUGAACACAGUGAGACCUGUGGGCCCAGAUGUGCCACUGCGGCCCCUUUCGUAGACUGUGCCACUAUUGGGUGUGUUAUGAAACACAAAAUUUAAAAAAAAACAAAGAAAAAGGAAACUAAACAAGACAGCCUGACAGCUACAACAAUCCCACAAUCAACAGUCACAAAAGAUAUUGUUAAACUUUUUUUUUUUUUCAUUUUACUACAUGGACAUCAUGGAUAAUAAGGGAUUCUGAUUCAUUAUUAAUUUUAUUAAUUAUAUUUUCUGAUAUGAGUCUAGAACUUAGUGCAAAAACAAGACAAAACUAAAAAAAUACACAAAUGAAAGGGGUGAAGAGAAGUGUGUUUGGUAAAUAUUAAAAAUGAAUAGUGUACUUCUUAACUAGGUUUACAACUGGUGGACCACACACCAGGCAUUAACCACCUGGUGAGGAUUUGGCAAAUCCACCAAAAAAACAUGCUUACGAUUUAACCAACAUCUCCACCAGCGCUACAGAUUUCUCCUUAUUCUGGCAUUUGAUGCAGAAAAAUACUGUGCUUCUACAUGCUGUGUAGAAAUGGAAGGGUGAUCUGCACUGUAUCUUGAGUUUGUUGGCUAUGCUUCUUUCGAUGACAUAUAUUAUACAGUAUAUAUACACAUAUAUUUUUUUUGUUAGAGUUCUAGCCAUUUUAUUUCUCAGCAGGGUCCUUUCUCAGACAUUACUGCAUGCUGUAUAUGGCGUUAGCUGUGUGUUGAUCUUCUAAAAGAUGAUAGAGUUUACUGGUAAUUGUGUAAUCAGCUCCUGCCUUUUUAUUUUCUUGGGUUAUUUACAUGUCAGAGACAUUUAUAAAAAGUGAAAAGAGAAAAAAA